AUGUCCACCAAGACCCGCCGCCCAAUGGCGACUCCGUCCAGCAAGACUGCAGCUACGCCCAAGCGUAAGCCUGCUGCCAACUCGGGGGCAGCGAGCAAGAAGGCCGUGCUGGACAACUUUGAUCUCGAAGUUGGCCACCGCACCCGUGACAUGCGCGCCCACCUCGACGCUGCCCUCGCGUCGUUUCUCUCCCUCGUGGAUUCGGAAGUGCUCAAGAUCCCGCGCGCCAUGCGUACCAUGACCCUUGGCGAGCUUGAGGCUUGCUGGGCGGGCAACUUUGCCGACACAAACCGCGCCCUGGCUGAGAAGCGCUUUCAGAAUGACCACCCGGAGCGGGAUCAGGCGGCAGAGUUGGCCGCCGCUGCCAAGCGCAAGCGCGAGGUUCAGAGCCCUUUCGAAAGCAGUACGCCGCGCCGCUCCACCAAGUCUGCCCGCACCAAGGCGACCAAGACGCCGGCCGGCGGCACUCCAGCCACAUCGACUUCGAAACGCCGUGUCGUCCGCAAGACAAAGCUCACCAAGCUCACCCUCCCGGCCGCAAGCGGUGCGAGUACCUUGCCGCAAGACCACGUCUUCAACCCUCUACUCCCCAAGACCCCAGCAUCAAAGAACCCUCGCGCGCCCAAGCGUCACGAGAGCUUCUUCUCCGCCAAUGGCUCGCCUGUCGAUUUGGGUGCCGACACCGAGUCGGGCGACGACGACAGCGAGUUGGACCAGGGAAAGAGUGAGAGUGAAGAGGAGGAAGAAGACGAGGACGAGCUUCCCGAUCCCGAGGCAAUGGAGCGCAAGGCUCUCGCCGCCAGUCGAUCUGCCUCGUCGCGCGCAACCGACAAGUCGUCCUCGCAGCGCAACCACAAGGUCAAGCGCGCCCCCUCCCUCAUCUUCCGCCAGAGCCUAGGCGGCGGCGCUGCCCUGCCACGGUCCAAGGCCCAGCAGCACCUCGGCACCUCUGACGACGACGAGGGUCACGGCGAAGAAGGUGAUUCCGCCUCUGCCGAGAUUCCGCUCAGCGAUGGACGCACAAUCGCGUUCAACCCGCUCAACCUCACUCCCGGAAGGAUCGACCAUGAGCUCGCCGAGGGUGGACUCUCGGAUACUGAGAAGAAGCGCGUAAAGGCUCGUGUGCAGGAGGAGGUGGUGCGCGCGCUCACGGAGCGUAUGGAGCGCUGGAAGGGCAUGUAA